CUCUUCCCUAACAAGCAAAGAAAGCGUUUCUUCUCUGUUUUUCUCUUCUGGGAUUGAUUGAUUAAUUUGAAAUUCUUCUUCUAUUUGGCUUUGUUUUCGAUCUCUUGCAAAUGGUUUUUGGUUGGAGAAAAAGGAAGAAUUUCUUAAAUAGGCAGAGAAAAGGUGAUGUUGAUGCAGAGCUUGUGAUUCCUAGCCAUUUUCGAUGCCCAAUAUCGCUUGAUCUCAUGAAGGAUCCUGUCACAUUGUCUUCUGGCAUAACUUACGACCGCGAAAGCAUCGAGAAGUGGCUUGAAUCGGGAAACUUUACGUGCCCUGUAACGAAUCAGGUGCUGAGGAGUUUUGAUCAGAUUCCGAACCACACUCUCAGAAAAAUGAUUCAAGAAUGGUGCGUAGAGAAUCGAAAAUUCGGCGCUGAAAGAAUCCCAACACCGAGAGUUCCAGUGACCGGGAUUGAGGUGUCGGAGAUUAUGUUCGGUGUCAAGGAUUCAGCGAAACGUUUGGAUCCAUGUGGGUGCUUGGAUUUGGUGAAAAAGAUCAGAACUUGGGGGAGUGAAAGUGAAAGGAACAGGAGGUGCAUUGUGCAGAAUGGGACUGGUGGUGCAUUAGCAGCAGCAUUUGAUGAAUUCGCGAAAGAUUCAUACGAGAGAAAUGAAAUCGUUUUGGAAGAAAUACUGUCUUGCUUGAAUUGGAUGCUACCAUUUGAUGCUGAAACCCAAAAUUACUUGGGAUCCAAGGAUUCAUUAGGUUGUCUGGUUUGGUUCUUGAGAAAUGGAGGUUCUACUUCAGUGAAGCACAACUCCAUUGUUGCCUUGAAAGAGCUUGUGGAGAUUCAAAGGCAUGUGGAAGCACUAGCUGGUAUUGAAGGAUUAGCAGAAAUUCUGUUCAAGUUCAUUCAACACCCAAUUAGUACUAAAAUCACCAAAUCUUCUCUUAUGCUAAGUUUCCAAUUAGUUUCAUUCAAUGACAAGAUCAGAAAACUGUUUGUCCAAAUGGGUUUGGUGUCAUUACUCCUAGAAUCCAUGAUUGAUACUGAAAGAAGCAUCUGCGAGCGAGCAUUGGGCGUUCUCGACAGGCUAUGUGAUUGCAAUGAAGGAAGAGAAGAAGCAUAUAGAAAUGCUCUGACAAUUCCAGUUCUUGUGAAGAAGAUAUUGCGCGUUUCGAAUUUGGCCUCCGAGUAUUCAAUUAGUACAAUUGGGAAGCUAAUCAAGCAUGAACAGAAGAAGAACAAUGGCGAUGGAUCAAUGAUCUUGGUUGAAGCUCUUCAAGUUGGUGCAUUUCAGAAGGUCUUGUUGCUAUUACAGCUUGGUUGUGGAGAUGAAACAAAAGAGAAGGCAACAGAGGUUUUGAAAUCCAUGAAUCCUUACAGGACUACACUGGAAUGCAUUGAAACUGCUGAUUUCAAGAACCUCAAGAGGUCAUUUUGAAAGAUCAUAAAGGAGACUGUGACUAAUUCUUCUUCUUUUUGAUUCAUUAAUAUUUGUAAAUGUCAAGAACAGUUUUGUAGACUCAAACUAUUUCUGUAAUAAAUGGAACAAAUAAUAAAUAUAGUUUCUCCAAUUAAUUGUUUGAUGA